CAGAACAAUUUAUAUGAAACUCUCUCCAAUAUAAUAGUGGUGGAAUCUCUGAUCUUUUCGCCUUCUUCGGAAUUCGGCUUCUUCGUCCUCUGCUUCUCUUUGCUCUCUGCAAUUGCGCCUCUUUCAUCUGACGAACAGAUCAUUCCACGAUGGUGUAUGAAAUAACUGAGCAAAAAAAAGUUGGUUUGGGCCUCAUCGGUUUUGGUAUCGCCUUCUCAUUUCUGGGUGUCAUCUUGUAUUUCGACAGAGGUUUGCUUGCUCUGGGAAAUUUGUUUUGGUUAACAGGUGUUGGACUUUUGCUUGGUUGGCAGUCAACUUGGAGGCUUUUUACCAACGUAAAUAACUUGAGGGGUACUGUCUGUUUCCUUCUUGGGAUCUUUCUCAUAUUUGUUCGCUGGCCUAUCAUCGGUAUUAUCUUGGAGAUAUAUGGUUGCAUUGUCCUGUUCGGUGGGUUUUGGUCGUCUGUAAGGAUAUUUCUUUCCCAGAUUCCUUUUGUUGGAUGGAUCAUUCAGUACCCUCUCAUGGCAAGUAACCCUGAAUAGUGUUCUUGAUCAUCUUAUACGAGGUUCCCGUUGAAAAAAAAAAGAGGAAGCAAGCACCAUUCCGAGGUUCAUCACUGUACCGAAAUCUCUCCGAAGUUUUUGACUCUCCAGAGAUGGAUCCAGAUCUGGGUAGAGGAAUGAAGAUCGGGUUUCUUUUGUUCUUGUAGAACUAACUGGUCAGAGACUGUUCGUUGUUAGCUUCUGUCUGUAAAGGACAGAUCUUGUUUCAGAUGUUUUUUUUUUUUUUUUUUGAAUCUUGAGAUGCGAAAUUUGUAUACGUUUGUUUGUCAACGGUUUCAUGUCAA